GAGUUGCCAGACCAUUGAUUUUCUAGCACGUGUGAUACAUUCAUUUAAUUGUUAUUUUUAUGCAGCUUAACUUGCUAUUUGGACCAUUAAGAGAAUAGGAAUGCGUGACAACACACCGCCACACCGGCCAGAUUUCGAUGACGGCGACGACGAACUCCAGGAGAUAAUUGAGCUGGAGGAGCAGCCGCUGGACGAAGAUGACGACGAUUUGGAGGAGGUGACGCUGGAGCAACUGGAGGCCCGGCUUGCAAUGGCCGGUGGCGAUGAUGAUGAAGAGGAGGACGAGGAGGAGCUACGUGACCGUGAGAGAAUAGCAGCCAUCACGGACGAAGCUACGGUCACUUUCAAGAAGCACACCGCUCCUGUUUUCGCCUGCAGUCUGCAUCCCAACUACAAUUGGGCGGUGACGGGCAGCGAGGACGAUCGAGCUUUCGUUUGGGAAACCUCCACCGGCGAUGUCCUCUACGAGAUCACGGAGCACAAGGACACCGUCACGGAAACGCAUUUCAGUCACGACGGCGUCUAUUUGGCCACCGGUGAUCUAGCCGGCGAUCUGUUUGUCUUCAAGGUCAGUGAAAAGCACGACGAACGUCCGAUCCUGACUAAAAUCUGGGAGUACUCCAUGAGCGACAUGUCCUGGCUCUUCUGGCAUCGAGCUGCCCACAUCCUGCUGGCGGGUAGUGACAGCGGAGAGGUCUUCGUUUUCCGCAUACCCAGCGGUGAAUGCAAAAUCCUGCCGGGACAAUCUUCGCGUUGCGAGUCCGGAGAGCUCAGUGGGGAUGGCAAAAAGCUGUUCACGGCCUACGUGAACGGAUCCGUAAAGCUGUGGGAUCUCAAGAGCUGUCAGGUGCUCAUUGACGUAAACGAAUCGCAUCCAAUGGGUUUCGGCGAGAUCACGCACGCGGUGGUGGCCUGCGAAAGGGAAUCGCCCUUCUACGUCUGCGCUGAGGCGUCCGGUGAGUGCUCCAGUGGUAAAGGAAUUCGGUAUAAUACCAGUUUCCAUAACAAAACUAUUAGAAAAAUGCUGUUCUGCACUAACAACGGUCCGGUUAGCACAAUCCAGUCGGAACACGGAAUUGAGUGUCUGGCCUUUGCUCCCUCCUCGGCGGAUCUAAAGCUCUUUGCCUGUGGCUCGCUGGACGGCAGGAUAUCCAUCUGGGACUAUGCCAAAUCAGCGUUGCGUACCAUAUGCGAAAAUCCAGUUCCCAAUGAUGCUGUCAUAAGGAUCAAAUGGUUGAACGACCACACGAUACUUGCGGCCACCUCGCAGGGAAAUCUGAACGCAUUCGACGCACGCACAGGAAUUCUGAAAUUCACGCUGACGGGACACUACUAUCACAUCUACGAGUUUGUCUACAAGCCUCAGGAAAAUCUAUUGCUAACGGUAUCCGAGGACAACACGGCCAAGAUAUUCAAGGUGCCGGCGCUGGGCGAUUAGUUAGGUUUUAAAGUUUUGUACUGUGCUAUAUAUAUGUAAAUAGUAAAUACAUAUUAAAAUUU